GUCGUGAUCUUUUGGCGUGGUUCACUCCUUUUCAGAUGGUAUGGCAGGAUUCUACCAAGCUGGGAUGUGGAGCGACCGACUGUAGGGGCAAAAACCCUGAUUGGAAAUACGGAUACUAUGUUGUAUGCAACUAUAGACCCGCUGGCAACAUUAGGGGCAGACGACCGUACGUGGCCGGAUCAAGAAGUGAUUGUGUUUCGGCCAGUUGGAGCUUGUGGAACAAGAGAGGGCCUUUGGCGGUGAUGUAUGUUUUCUUUCUGGUUUCUUUAUCAGCCAUGGAGUAUCUCAUUUCUUUCUAUUGAAAAAAUGUUCAGUCCAACUGAGCUCACCUCUAUCGUAAUACACUACCUU